AUGUCCUCAGGAUUCUCCAACACAUCGGGCGUUAAGCACCCCGACCCCUACAAGGAGGCCAACCUCGACACCCAGGUCUCCACUCAAACUAAGCUUGACGACCUCAGCAAGUUCAUGGAUGCCUCCAAGUUCUGCAUGAUGACCACGGUCAACCCCAAGACCCAUCAAUUGGUCUCCAGAUGCAUGGCCCUGGCUGGUCAAGAAAACGGCGGACUCGACCUCCUCUUCCACACCAAUACCGAGUCAGGCAAGACCGACGACCUCGCCGCCGACACACACAUCAACGUUGGCUUCCUCAACAACUCUGGCGAAUGGGCUUCCGUCAGUGGAACCACCGAAAUCAUCACUGAUCGGGAGCUCGUAAAGAAGCACUACAAGCCUCAUCUGAAGGCCUGGGUUGGCGAUUUGGGCGAUGGCGUCCACGAUGGCUCUGCCAAUGACCCCAGAAUCGGCAUCAUCCGCGUCAAGAUGGCUACAGCUCACUAUGCCAUCUCGCACAAGAACAUUGCCGGCAGAUUGACCGAGGUGGCCAAGGGUGUGGUGACUGGCGAUACGGCCGUGGUGAACAAGCUGCGCGAGAUUAGCGAAGAGGAGGUUUCCAAGCUCAGACUGACUCACUAG